CUUCUCCGCGUGGUCUUAGCUGGCCCCGCCCUUCCUGGCAAAAUGGCGGCUCCCAGGUGGAGCGUGUUGGGCUUCUGGAUCCGGAGAAACAGCCAGGGUUUAGGGAGUCUCUUCGUUCUCGUCUCAAAGUCAUUUUGUUCCGCUGCCGCUGCCUCUGAGCCCUUAAAUGCCCAGAGAUUAGCAGAGAAGCUCAGAGCCCAGAAACAGGAACAAGUCACAAAGAAGGAGCCGGUGUCCACAAACCCUGUUCAGCGGAGAGUGCAAGAAUUAGUGCGGUACACACGGCAGCUACAGCGAGUCCACCCCAACGUGCUUGCUAAGGCACUAACCCGAGGAAUUCUCCACCAGGACAAGAACCUUGUGGUCAUCAAUAAGCCCUACGGUCUCCCUGUGCAUGGUGGCCCUGGGGUCCAGCUCUGCAUCAGUGAUGUACUACCUAUCCUGGCAAAGAUGCUUCAUGGCCACAAGGCAGAGCCCUUGCAUCUGUGCCACCGGCUGGACAAGGAAACCACAGGUGUAAUGGUGUUGGCUUGGGACAAGGACAUGGCACAUCAAGUCCAAGAGUUGUUUAAAACCCGUCAGGUGGUGAAGAAGUACUGGGCCAUCACUGUGAGCGUCCCCAUGCCCUCAGCAGGAGUCGUGGACAUCCCCAUCAUGGAGAAGGAGGCCCAAGGCCAGCAGCAACACCACAAGAUGACAUUGUCUCCGAGCUACCGCAUGGAAGAUGGGAAAAUGGUGAAAAUGCGGAGCAGCCGGAAAGCACAAGUUGCUGUAACUCAGUACCGGGUGCUCAGCAGCACUCUCUCCUCCGCCCUCAUGGAGCUCCAUCCCAUCACUGGAAUAAAACAUCAGCUUCGAGUUCACUUGUCAUUUGGAUUAGAUUGUCCAGUCCUUGGGGAUCACAAGUACUCAGACUGGAACAAGUUGGCCCCUCAGAAGCUGUCUGUGGGCACCCUGAAGAAGCUGGGGCUGAAACAGUCGAAGGCCCGCUACAUCCCCCUUCACCUGCAUGCCCGGCAGCUGAUCCUGCCUGCCCUGGGGUCCAGGAAGGAGGAACUUAACUUGGUCUGCAAACUUCCUCACUUCUUUGCACGUUCCCUGCGCCGCCUGGGUUUAGAGAUGCCAAAUCAGGAUCAAAGUAACAACAGUGAAACACAGUGAAGACCGUGGGAGCACCCCGGCAUCUGGGAGCACAGUGAAGACCGUGGGAGCUCCCUGGCAUCUGGGAGCACAUAUUGGCCCCUGAUCUGUUCUUUGUUUAUGGGGCUCUGCUAACUUCUCACUUGGAACAGACUCCAGAAGAGCCAGCUGGGAUAAGGUGGAGUAUCUCAGCUGCUACAGGGCUUUUAAUGGAGAACAAAACCUAUUCACUGAUAGUUUAGCUACACUGUGGAAAGUCUCCCUGCCAUAGGCUCUCAUUGCCAAUAUGGAACAGAGCCCAGGGCCAGGCAAAUUGGGGCAGUGACUGGAAAGGAAAACUAAGUGACAGAAUCUAGGGCCAGGAACUGUUUUAUCCAGCAGUGAAGCUCUGGAGCUCUCCGGAAGGUUCCCAUGGUUGGAAAGAACAUAAUGGUUAACAAGUAUCAUGGCAUCCAGGAAUUGUCCAGCUAUAGCGUGGGUGCCCUACUGCACUCCGAUUAUGGAACCUGUGAAGGGGUGUUGAGUGUGAGGUUGAGGUGGGACAUUUGCUAAGCAAGGACGGCAGGUAUGAAUGGCAGGCAGGUAACAUGCAUACAUGAGGCUGGCUGGGUGGAAGGUAGUCACGGGGAGCAGCACACUGUCUUAACAGUUGUUAGUUCCAGCUUGUUCUUGCCAUGUAGGAAUGGAUUUUCUCUUUUUUUUUUUU